CCGCGUCUUCCCCGCGCUUAUGUUUUAGUGUUUUAAUCGGAAACGUCUCGGUACGCACGUAUAAGAAAAUGGACGAUGGAGGCAGACCACCGCAUCCAUCCGGGGGCGGAGAGCAGCGGCCUCACCACAUCAGACCCUUUUUCUAUGUUCAGCCCCCGUCGCAGCCCUACUACAUGUAUCAGCACUGGCACGUCAACCACCCCUACAGCCAGUACGGCUUGCCCGGAGGUUAUAACUUUGGGCGUCCAUGCGUACAACCUUACCCCUAUAUGCAGUAUCCUACGUUUGUUGUUCCACAAGCCCCAGUACAUCCUCUGGAUUACAGACGCAUGUUCGAGCCCCGCUUCCAGUCUCCCAACUGGAACGAUGCUGUUCACCAUCAGUACCAUCCCCAGGCUCAGGUUCGUCGAGAGACGGCUUGUUCCGAGGCUCAAACUGACCCCAGCGACGCUAUAACCAAACUUAUCGAAUGCUUGAAUAAAAUCAAGGCCAGUGAGCUGGGGGGUGAGCGGGAGCUUGACUCGGGUGUUGCUUCACAAACCUCUGGACUCUUCUCACCACAGGAUGAAAAGAAAAAUGAAGAGCAGACUGUUCACACGUCGUCCAGCGUCGCUACCGAGGUAAGCGGUACGCAGUCUCAAACGAAGACCUUCAGCAGCUCCACAACAGCGGUUUAUGACAGCGGCUCAAGCCAAAGAAGCUUGGAGGACCUGAGCCCUCGGGAGUGCUGGGUGGUGGGCUUCGAUGAGGAGUUGCCUCUCGACAGUUCAUCUGUUCACGAAGAAAGCCCCAGUGCCAACCAGCUGGCAGCAGAUGAUUCGCGGUUUCUACCCCAGCGCCCUCCUGAAAGGUUACGGAAAGGUAAAAUCCAAUCGGAAACCCCUGCAGUCAACAUUACAGAGCUCCAAUCAGAUGGGAUGCAGACGGGUGCAAACGUCCCCAAAUGCAACACCGAGGAAGUGAAGCAGAACGUCGAUGCCUUUGCGCCACAGUUGCCAUGCUCAUCAGUGUCUUGCCCCUCCACAAACCAGCAAGUGCUCGCAAACAAUAAAAAUGGAGACGUCUUAAAGGCAGAAUACCUGGAAGGGGCGGAGGUCGACCUGAGCUUCCAGAUCCUCAGUAUGCCCUUGGAGAGAAGUCCUACAGCUGACGCGCUGCUGACGGACGUUGACCCGCUCUCUGGGGGGGCAGAUACCACCCUCACAUCCCCCCACCUCCUCUCCUCAUCGUCGUCGGUACCCCCUUACUGUUACAGUUACUUACCCAACUCGACGGCGCACGAGCGGAUGAGUGUCCUCAGUCCGUCCUUGGAUGAGCUCUCCUCCAGAGACGAGAUGUUCUCCACUGACCUGGAGGAGUUGGAUCUCUUCCCCAAACAUGGCUAUGCAACCAGGAGGUCCACCAAGGUUGUUGGCAGGUCCCCGCCGUCCGCUGAAGGGGUCAGGGGUGUACGGCUCACUGGUUCAAAGAGGUUCACAUGCGCUUGCUGCGGGAAAAGCCUGAUGAAGGCGGCCAGUAGGAACCAAGCUCAGAGCUCUAUGUCGUACAGUGCAGAAGUCGGGGAUUCGGACGAGGAAUGCAGAUACAGAAGAAGCCACGAGCAGCAUUCGAGACUGGCCGGGAAAAGGCACUCUGUGUCUAGAAAGCCCCAGACUAUCCUCCCGAGACCUGCUUUGAAACAGUCCUGCAAAAGAGGCCAGCACAUAGACCCCUCCAGUACCCAGGACCCGGAGGAGGUACUCGACCUUGGCGAGGAGGACACGGCUGAGGGAGAGAUCGACGAGAUGACUGGCAGUGAUCUACAGUGCAGAGCGUGCCAGGAUGGACUGUGUGGCAAGGAUGUGGCCAUUUCGGUCCAAGGCAGGAGGAAGGACGGUGACGUCAAUUUUGGUUAUGAAACUAUUGACAACCAACCAGCCAAGACGGCUUCAGCCAAGUGUCCGCCGUGCACCAGGCACAUCGCCGCUAAAGGACAGGCUGGUUAA